AACUUUUACUUAAAACUUCUCCCAAUUUGUUACUACACUUUACAAUCACAUGAAACAUUGUUACUUACGGGUAAAAGUUCUUUUCUCUUUUCCUACCAAACUAUUCAAGUCACUAUAAUAACAAGUAGAACUUUUCUACAAAAUAUUUGCAUAAAAUGACUAAUUUGAAAUAAAGUUGAAUUUUUUCAAUCGAUCCCAUUUAAAUUUGAUUUGCGUUGUGAAUCUAUGCAGAAUACAGUUUAGUAGUAUGUACAGUAUCGUCAUGUGCCAUAGAUUUCAAAAAACACCACAAAAAAAGAUAAGUUUCAAUAAAUAAAGCACUCAGCGACCUGUUUAAUCAAAUUUUAUAUUAAAUACAAUUUGUGAUGUGAAUCCGUUUACUCAUCCAGCUGUAUGUUAAACAAUGAAAUUGUCUACUUUAAUCUUAAAGAAAAAAAUUAUAUUUUCUUGUUAUUACUAGACUUCCCAUAAACUAAUCAAUCAGUUUAAUGGGUGUACACAUUUUUUUCAUGUAUUCAGUUUACUUACACAAAUGUGCUUGUAUGUGUAUCACAUCACAUAUAUUCAAUAAACUACAUUUAACAAGUCUCUCGUUCUAAAUUAAUUAUGACAUUUUCAAAAGUUUUUCUUAAAAAAUUUUAUUUUGUAGUCUUCCUUUCGGCAUUUUACUGAACUAAAACACUAUUCUGAUAAACUUCAUCUUUCUUUGUAAUAUAUAUUUUGAUUAUUGAGUAAUUAUAUUAAACUAAAUGAAAUGGUUUAUGAAGUGAGAGAUUGUGUUAUGUUCGUCUAAUAAACUAAAAAUGUUCGUUGUAUAUCGUACAUAUAUUAUUUAUUUUUAUUCUGUCAUUUUAGUAGUCACGCUAAUGAUCCAGCCAUCAAAUUAAAAUUAAUUGUCAUUUCUAUUUGGUUUAUAUCAGUUUUAUUAGCAUUACCCGAAGCAGCAUAUUCAGGUACGAGUAUAAAAUCAAUCAAUAGUCAAUUUUUUAUUAAAGGUCAGUCAGUGAAAACAAAAGAAUAG